AUGUUUCUGGAGCUCGAGGCGGCGGCGGCGAGGGCGCGCGCGAACGCGAAGGCGAAGGCGAAGGCGACGGCGACGGAGACGGCGGGAACGGCGAUGACGUUCGAUGCGUAUCGCUUGGCCGAACGCGUGCUGGAAUUAGACGUCGCGAUCGAAGCGCCGGGAGCGGUCGGUGUCGAGGUGGAGGAAGAGGAGGAGACGACGGAGGCGUGGCGGUGCGCGACGAAGCGCACGUAUCAGCCGAGCAACUUGGUGCGAAAGCGAAGGCACGGGUUUAGGGCGCGAUUACGCACGGUGGGGGGGAGAAAGGUGCUGGCGCGGCGGCGAAGGAAAGGUAGAAAACGAUUGUCGGCGUGA